AUAAUAGUGAUCACAUGACCAGAAAACGGAAGUGGCAUUUGAAGCCACAUAAACAAUCGCUAUCUGACUGUCAUUCAAACAAACCGUGAUACAAACGCCUAAUUUAUAAGAAAACCACUAUUUAAUCGUGUUUUAUCUAGAUCUAAGUUGGGAUAGUCGCCGUGACCUCUGCUCGUCGAACUGUGAGACGGUAGGAAAGAGAGAGAGAGACCGAGGGAGCAGGAGGGAGACGGAGACCGCUAGAGAGAGAAACAGACAGCGUGAGACAGAGAGAGGGAGAGAGAAACAGAAAGAGAGAGGGAGGGAGAUGGGUCUUUCAGAGAAAGAAGAGUGUGUCUUGUUGGAUAAGAAGCUUCUUGUCUUUAUGGACCAGCUGGAGCUGCUGGAGGAGAAACGAGGGAGACUCAACUCUCUAAUUGAACAGGGAUGGUUCUCCAUGUCCAAAGCGAGGUAUUCGAUGGGCAACAAGCAGGUGUCUGCUCUGCAGUACGGGAGUGAGAUGGAACCGCUGGUUCGAGUCCACACCAGGACUCUGGAGAGUGGUGAGGCUGAGUUCCAGACAAAGAGAAGGACUCUGAAGUCUCCUGAAGAGAGACAGGUGGAGGACAUUGGACCUAAAGACAAGGAGGGUGUGAGGAGAAGAGUGAAGACCAAGGAGGAGGUUCCAGAGAUGGACCAGAGUGACAACAAGCAGCCGUCUACAGAGACAGAGCCGGCUCCCGCCUCCAAACCUGAACCCAACCCCCAGCAGGACCCACUGAAGUGGUUUGGAAUCCUGGUGCCUCAGACCCUGAAACAGGCCCAGGCCUCAUUCAAACAGGUGGUAGAGUUGUCAGCGGAGGUGGCUGCUCUCCAGUCUGCCGUUCUGACCACCAGACUACAGCUGCAGAUUAAACAGAAGAACAGCAGCCAGAUCCCAGAACAGACGGACAGACAGACUGACCAGAUCCCAGACCAGACGGACAGACAGACGGACAGACAGACUGACCUGAUCACAGACCAGACGGACAGACAGACGGACAGACAGACUGACCAGAUCCCAGACCAGACGGACAGACAGACGGACAGACAGACUGACCAGAUCCCAGACCAGACGGACAGACAGACUGACCAGAUCACAGACUAG